CUACUCCUCCGUCACUGUUUUUGGCGUUCCACUCUUCACAUUUCUCCUCAUUCACUCUCUGUUCUUUCAAGGAUUAGGGUUUCGAUCGCAAGCAAUGGAUGAUGUAUGCGAAGGGAAGGAUUUCUCGUUCCCAAAACAAGAAGAGAAGAUCUUACAAUGGUGGACUGAAGUAAAAGCAUUUGAAACCCAACUCGAGAAAACCAAAGGCCUGCCGGAAUACAUCUUCUACGAUGGGCCACCGUUUGCCACUGGCCUACCUCACUACGGCCACAUCCUCGCUGGAACUAUCAAGGACAUCGUCACGCGGUACCAGACAAUGACGGGACACCACGUGACACGCCGUUUUGGAUGGGAUUGCCACGGGUUGCCGGUCGAGCAUGAGAUUGACACGAAACUCGGGAUUAAGAGCAGAGAGGAUGUGAUUAAGAUGGGGAUUGACGUGUAUAAUGAGGAGUGUAGGAGUAUUGUUACCAGGUAUGUUGGGGAGUGGGAGAAGGUAAUUACGAGGACGGGAAGGUGGAUUGAUUUUAAGAAUGAUUACAAAACCAUGGAUUUGAAUUUCAUGGAGAGUGUGUGGUGGGUGUUUUCUCAGCUACAUAAGAAGGGCCUUGUUUACAGAGGGUUUAAGGUGAUGCCGUACAGUACUGGCUGCAAGACUCCACUGUCCAAUUUUGAGGCUAAUUCAAACUACAAGGAAGUGCCUGAUCCUGAAAUAAUGGUGACUUUUCCAAUUCUUGAUGAUCAAGAGGGUGCUGCAUUUGUUGCAUGGACAACCACACCAUGGACCCUCCCUAGUAAUCUUGCACUUUGUGUUAACUCAAAUUUAGUAUAUGUGAAGGUGAAGAGCAAGUCAAAUGGAAAAAUUUAUGUUGUUGCUGAAUCUCGACUAUCCGAGCUUCCAGUAGAGAAAGCAAAAAAAGGAACACCUAAUGGAGCUGUGGAUGACAAUUCACUUCCCAAGGCCAAGGGAUCUACUGGUGGAAAAGCAAAAAGCUCUGUUGUUGCUUAUGAAGUGUUGGAUAAAUUUUCAGGAUCUUCACUUGUGGGUAAAAAGUAUGUGCCAUUAUUCGAUUACUUUAAGGAAUUCUCGGAUAUGGCGUUCAGAGUUGUUGCAGAUGAUUAUGUAACUUCUGAUAGUGGAACUGGAAUUGUGCAUUGUGCUCCAGCAUUCGGUGAAGAUGAUUAUCGUGUUUGUAUUGAAAAUCAAAUAAUCAAUAAGGGAGAAAAUCUAGUUAUGGCAGUUGAUGACGAUGGCUGCUUUACAGAGAGAAUCACUGAUUUCAGUGGUCGCUACGUCAAAGAGGCAGAUAAGGAUAUUAUUCAAGCAGUGAAGGAGAAAGGAAGGCUGGUCAAAACUGGAAGCUUUACGCAUUCAUAUCCAUUUUGCUGGAGAUCUGAUACCCCUCUCAUCUACAGAGCAGUUCCCAGCUGGUUUGUUGCAGUAGAGAAGUUGAAAGAUCAAUUGCUAGAGAACAAUAAUAAGACGAAAUGGGUUCCUGCUUUUGUGAAGGAAAAGCGCUUUCACAAUUGGUUGGAAAAUGCUAGAGACUGGGCCAUUAGUAGAAGUAGGUUUUGGGGCACUCCACUUCCUAUAUGGAUCAGUGAGGAUGGUGAGGAGAUUGAAGUUAUGGGUUCCAUCGAAGAACUUGAAAGGCGUUCGGGAAUGAAGGUCACUGACUUACAUCGCCACAAAAUUGAUCACAUCACACUUCCUGACAAGCGUGGUCCAAAGUUCGGUGUGCUUCGGCGUGUAGAGGAUGUAUUUGACUGCUGGUUUGAAAGUGGGUCCAUGCCUUAUGCAUAUAUCCACUACCCGUUUGAAAAUGCUGAACUUUUUGAAAACAACUUUCCUGGGCAUUUUGUUGCUGAGGGAUUGGAUCAAACUCGUGGAUGGUUUUACACUCUUAUGGUCCUUUCUACAGCAUUAUUUGAGAAACCUGCAUUUAGGAAUCUCAUAUGCAAUGGGCUUGUGCUGGCUGAGGAUGGUAAAAAGAUGAGUAAAAGGUUGAAGAACUAUCCUUCUCCUAUGGAAGUCAUUGAUGAUUAUGGCGCUGAUGCACUGCGAUUAUACAUUAUAAAUUCUCCAGUAGUUCGUGCAGAACCUUUACGGUUCAAAAAGGAUGGAGUCUAUGGUGUUGUUAAAGAUGUAUUUUUACCAUGGUACAAUGCAUAUAGGUUUCUAGUUCAAAAUGCAAAAAGACUUGAGGUGGAAGGGCUUGCACCGUUUGUUCCCCUAGAUCAAGCCACCCUUUGUAACUCACCUAAUGUGCUUGAUCAGUGGAUCAACUCAGCCACUCAGAGUCUGGUUCAUUUUGUUCGUCAAGAAAUGGAUGCCUAUCGACUCUAUACGGUGGUUCCUUAUCUUUUGAAGUUCAUUGACAAUUUAACUAAUAUAUAUGUACGUUUCAAUCGGAAAAGAUUGAAAGGCCGCACUGGAGAAGAGGACUGCAGGACGGCGCUUUCAACUCUGUACCAUGUACUGUUAACUUCUUGUAAAGCAAUGACUCCAUUCACACCAUUCUUCACCGAGGUUCUUUAUCAAAACUUGCGAAAAAUAUCCAGUGGAUCAGAAGAAAGUAUUCACUUUUGCAGUUUUCCUGAAGUACAAGGGAAGAGGGGAGACCGUAUUGAACAAAGUGUUAAUAGAAUGACGACAAUUAUUGAUCUUGCACGUAAUAUUCGUGAGCGCCACAACAAACCUCUCAAAACUCCACUCAGUGAGAUGAUUGUUGUACAUCCAGAUGCCGAGUUCUUAGAUGACAUUGCCGGCAAACUAAAAGAGUAUGUGUUAGAGGAGCUCAAUGUCAGAUCUGUUGUGCCAUGCAAUGAUCCUUUGAUGUAUGCUUCCUUGCGUGCUGAACCUGAUUUCAGUGUGUUGGGUAAAAGACUGGGCAAAUCAAUGAGAGUAGUUGCAGAGGCAGUGAAGGGAAUGUCACAAGAAGACAUUUUAUCUUUUGAAAAAGCAGGGGAAAUUACUAUUGCUACUCACUGUUUGAAGCUGACUGAUAUCAAGAUUAUCCGUGGAUUUAAACUCCCUGAUGGUGUGACAGAAGAGCAAAUGGAUGCAGCUGGUGAUGGUGAUGUUUUGGUUAUACUGGACUUGCGCCCUGAUGAGUCAUUGUUCCAAGCCGGUUUUGCACGUGAGGUUGUUAACAGAAUCCAAAAGUUACGGAAGAAGUCUGCAUUGGAACCAACCGACAUGGUUGAGGUCUACUUCAAAUCAUUGGAUAAAGACACAUCUGCCUCUGCCCAAAUGUUAAAAUCCCAGGAAACAUACAUCAAAGAGGCGUUAGGCUCUCCUUUACUCGACUUUAGCAUGAUUCCAAAACAUGCUGUGAUCAUUGCUGAGGAGACGUUCCACAACAUCUCAAAUUGCAACUUUAAGAUAACGCUGUCAAGAGCAGCAUUAGCGUUUAACGAAAAGGCAAUCCUUGAAGACUUGUAUUCAGGGAAUACAAAAUAUGCACAAGGGUUGCAGAUAUAUUUGUUGUCUAGGGACCACGCCAAUCUCAAAUCAGAAUUUCAACUGGGAAACGGGAAGAUUAAAGUGGAUUGCAUCGAAAAUCAGCCAGCUGUAGAUGUGGUGUUGGGAGAACACGUUUUUUUGACAGUUGGGGAUUAUCUUGCAAGCACGAAAGCUUUGUGAUAACGGAUUUUUGACCAGAAUAUGAAAAGAAAGAACGAUUACAGCAUACAGUUACAAGGUUGCCAAAUAAUUGUUAUAUUUGUUGAAAUUAAAAAACAAGAUGAGAGAGGACUGCAUAUGUUUUCGGAAGGAAAGGAGAUAAGUGGUGUUAUUUUGAGUUUGAAGGCAUUGUAGACUAUUUAUAGUAGUAGUAAGAUGUGUGUUUUUGCACCUUUGGUUCUGUUUAGUUGCAAGUAUUAUACAAA